AUGCCCGGGGGCAGACCCCCACCCGCCGCGGCCACGCCUGUCUCUGGGGCCACGCAGUUACUGCCCAGGGCCCCUUACGUCAUUGUCCACGUCAAUGUCUCCAAACUGGGUGUCGGGGCACAGUGUCCUGGGCCCUCCCCGGGGACCCAGAGUCUGGGGAGAGAGCUGGGCCGGCCGGGCUGGGGCCAGUUGGAUCAGGACUGCUGCUGCCCAUCAGCCGUGGCGACAGCAGAUAGCAUCGCGCCCACCCCCCACGGCCUCCAGAGCUGGGGUGCAGGCGGCUGGGAGGUGUGUGACCCCCGCACCACAGGUGCAGAAACAGGACCCAACCUGCUAGCCUGUGCGGGGGCACCCCCACCCUGGACUCCUAGCCCCACGCUUGGCUGGGCUGGAGGACCGGCUCAGAGAGGCCGAGGCCGUGACGGCCGCCCAGCGCCUGCUCCCGGGCCUCCUUCUUGGACUUCCUGGGCCUCCCCCACCAGUGCGCCAGCCACGGCCCAGGGACCGCGCCCCACACUGGACCUUCCCGGAGACCCUGCCUGCUGCCGGCGGCCUCGGCUGCUUGGGCGGAUCCCAGUGCCCGCCACGGCUACCGGGGGACCCCGGGGCCUGCACUGCUCCCCAGAUGGUCUGCUCUUCCUGACGGCGGGCGCCACACCCUGCGUCCACGUGCUGGACCUCGAGGGACGCUCCGUCUGCCACCUGCCCUGCCACGUGCCAGGGGCUGGGGCCUUUGUGCCGGAAGAUGUGGUGGUGACAGCCGCUGGGCUCGUGGUGGUCAGCGACCUGGUCCACGGGGCUGUCCAUGCGCUCCAGCACACCGCCCGAGCCCCUCAAGGCCGCUGGGUGACGGUGGGCUCCUUCUCCGCCCCCCGGGGGCUGGCUGUAGAUGCCUUCGGCCGCCUCUCAGUGACAGACUACGUGCCUGGGGCUGUGCACAGCUUCACACUGGGCCCUGACUUGGUGCCACUGGCCCCCGCCUCCCUGCUGGGCCUGGAGGGCCCCUGCUGGGUGGGCCUGGCGCCCAAUGGGGGCCUGGCAGUGAGCGAGGAGUUUGGGGACGUGCGGCUGUUUGGCAGUGCCCGCCAGCCCCUGGGGUCCCUGGGGGACCUGACCGGGCACCCCUUUGGCAGCCCAGCAGGUGUGUGCACCGACGCAGCGGGCGGUGUCAUUGUGGCGGACCAGCGGCGGCGCCAGGUGACCCUGUUCCCCCAGGUCAGGGCGCCCAUCUGCCUGGUUUCCGAGGGGCUGAGGCGACCCCUGGGUGUGGCCUGUGGGCCCCAGGGCCAGCUGCUGGUGGCAGACGCAGAGGACGGCGACAUCAAAGUGUACCAGUCCCACCUGGAGUUGGCCUGAUACCGUGGGCUUGAACCGGAACGCCCCUCUCUGUGCGUGGCAUAGCCCCCCAGACCCGGACCACGAUGGGAGAAACGUUCAGGGUUCUCAGGGUUCUCCUGGGCCGUGGGCCUCGCCCUCCUGACCCUGCACAUUUGCAGACAGUCCUCAGCCCCGUCAUACCAGGCCCUGGCCUGGUCUCCUCUCCUUCUCCUGGGGAGGAUUCAGAUUCAGGGGGCAGCUGGAAUCAGCUGCCUCCAGCCCCCAGGGCCCAGGAGGCCUGCGCUUUGGGCCAGCAGCUGAAGCCUGGAGGUCUCCAGCGUGUUGGGCCAGCCGCCAGCACUUACCCGGGCGGCUCUCCAUUCAGUGCUCCAGCCCCAGCCUCCUAAUCAGAGGGAGGCAGGCAGGGUGGGUGUGGCUGCGCUGGGCUGGGCUGGGCAGGGGUGCGGCUCCUCACUGUCCCCUGUUUUCAG